AUGAUGGCGGCGUCAAGACCGGAAUUCAGCAACGUCGACAAGCGCGUGGUCAUGAAGUUCUUGUUCCUGGAAAGGAAACGAGAGCAGGAGAUUCACUCUGAGAUGCUGGCGACUCUAGAGGAGGACUGCCCUUCCCUCACAAUGUGCGCCUGCUCCUUCCUCAUAGGAACCAUGUCGCCUAUGGGGAUGGAGGGAACAUUGUCUUGUUUGGGAGAUAAGGACGGGAAGUGGAGAGCUUCGGCUCAAUAUUCCCUGGGGAUUACUAUCGCUGCACCCCUCAAUGGUCAUCUAAAAGCAUUCUCCAAGGGAAUCUCCAAUGGAAUCAGUGAUACGGAUAUCCAAGGAUCUUCCUUGGACGAGACAUUCAGUCAUGCAGGGGAUGUCCCAGGAGGAUAUAAAUUGGAUGUCCAAGUGUCCAUGAGGUCAACUGCAGCUCGGUACAUCAAGAAAUAUCGUACCAAUGCACCCUUUGCUUCAAGAGGCCGUCCUCGUGUCCUGGACAAGCAGGACGAAAAGUACAUCUGCAGACUGGCCACUACAGGAAAGUGUUCCACCGCCACCACCAUCCAACGCGAGCUCAAGAUCUAUGCAGGAAUAGCCGUCUCUGCCAACACGAUCCUGCGCAUUUUGAGACGAAACCAAAUCAAGUCGCGACACAAGCAAAAGCGCCCACAACUGCUGAGAUCUCAUCGGAAUGCUCGGAUGUCGUUUGAACGAGCCCAUCGCUCAUGGACAGAAACCGACUGGGACAAGGUCAUCUGGUACUUCGUGAGCAAUAUCAUCCAGUUUCAAUUCCACCAAGCCCUAUGCACAGCAGCAGGGGAAUAUGACCCGAAAAAUCCUCUGGCGAAACCCCUUCAUCAAUGCGACAUCUAUCAAAACAAGGAAGCCGGGAAGCUCCUCAAGGAGAUGUUGAGGCUGGGGAGUUCGAAGCCGUGGCCUGAUGUCAUGGCGGUCAUCACUGGAGGGAAUCGCCGUAUGGAUGCCUCCGCCCUCAGGGAGUACUUCCAGCCUCUGGAGGACUGGCUGAGGGAGGACAAUAAGAGGCAUGGUGUCUACAUAGGAUGGAAAUUGGAAGCCGUUCCGUCCGCCUCUGAAGGUAUCUCACCCAGAGUCUCGGCCGGCAUAGCCGUGUGUUUGUUCGUGUUGCUCCUCUGCGUGUUAGUCGGUUGGGUCUACAGCCUCUUUCGCGGCUUUAGACCUUCCCGCCUCGGACACGGUGAAACCAUCCAGUCCUCAUCUAAACCACCUGGCCAGGGCGUCACCUUGGUACGAGACGAACUGCGUUUUCCUCAAGAGGAAGAGAAGCGGAAGGGAGAGGGAGUUCGGCUAAACUCCGUGUGAUCGUCAGUGGAAUAUUAUUGCAUGUGCGUACCCUCGAAUAAUAUUACAAUUUAAUAUAAUAUUUUAUUGCUCUUACCCAGGAUCACUAGAAGGCGUGACCCAGCCAUAAAAUUUUAUGUAUAUUUGAUGAAAAUAAACCAGAC